AUGUCCGCGUCGUCCUCCGCCUCCGCGUUCCGCCGCUCGGCGAAACACGUCACCAAACACGUCAAGGCGUGCUCGAACAAACUCAUCAACAAGUGGAAAAUCUUCACCGGCGAUCGAGUGAUCGUCACCUCGGGGAAAGAUAAAGGCCAGAUUGGCCAAGUCACGAAAGUGUUCAGGAAAGAAAACAAACUGAUCGUGGGAGGGUUAAACUUGGUGAAGAAACACGUGAAGCCGCAACCGCAACCUGGGGAGCCGAAUCCACCGGGACAGAUUUUAUCGGUCGAACAACCGAUACAUUACUCGAACGUGAGCUUAGUCGAUCCGAAUACCGGAGGGAGAGUUCGGAUUCAAUCGAGCUAUUUAGACGACGGGACGAAAGUGAGAGUGACGAAAGGCCGAUUGAGUUCGCAAACGUUCGUGCCGAGACCGGAUCAACUUUUGGAGAGGAAGACGCCGAGAGGGACCGGGGUCGGAGCAAAAGAUACCACGGAGGAGUUCGUGAGAAAGGUGACGUAUUUAGGGCCGAGAUAG